UUUCAACGCAAGUCAUAGUUUAUAGCGGUAACCUGCCAACCGCAUUGUCUAGCUAAAAGCUGAAAGACCGGUGGCCUUGCGCAGCUGGUAAAUAAGUUUUGUGAUCGUAAAGACUUUUCACCGCAGAAAUACUGGGCUAAAGGAGAUUUCCAUUUCAAAUUGUAAUAUUCUCCAUUUCAAGUCUGUUUCGAUUAAACAUAUACAAAUUUGCUUUAAGCAAAACAGAAUUAGGAUAUGUUGGACAAAGAAGAUGAAAGUGGCUCAAUUGAAACCAAGAAAGAACGAGAAACAUAUGCCGGUUUUGAUGGUCAAACUGUAAAAAAUGCUGUAAUUCACCAUGCCAAGAUUGUUGCUGCAGCACUUGCCAUAUGGACCAUUGGAUGGCUUGGAUUGCACUAUGUCUGGGUUUUGAUUGGGUUAAUGAUUUUUGCUUUGUGGAGACUGAACAAGAAAGAAAAGGAAAAAAGAAUGAAGUCUCUGGCAGAGGUUUCAAGAAAUGAGCAGAAUGCCUUAAUACAGAGACGAGACCUUCCAUCCUGGGUAGAUUUUCCUGAUAUGCAACGAGCAGAAUGGCUCAAUGAGAUCAUUGCCCAAAUGUGGCCCUUUGUUGACAAGAUGGUGAGACAGAUCCUAAAGGAGAAGGUUGAGCCAAAAAUACAAGAAAAGCUUCCCAGUAUCAUCAAAUCGUUCUAUUUUGAAAAAAUACAUCUUGGUGACCAGGCUCCUAGAUUUGGUGGGAUCAAAGUUUACUCCAAGAACAUUGAAAGAUCUGAAAUCAUCCUGGACUGUGAUUUGAUAUAUGCUGGCGAUGCAACAGUGAAAGUAAAAGUAAAAGGGAUAUCUGCUGGAAUAACGAAUAUUCAAGUUCGUGCUAAGGUUCGUUUUGAAAUGAAUCCACUGGUUUCCCAGCCUCCUUUGAUUGGUGGAAUGUCAUUGUAUCUCCUCGACAUACCGGAUAUAAAUUUCGACCUGACCGACCUCCUGAAUCUACUUGACGUCCCAGGUCUCAGCGACAUUCUUCACUGUUGCGUAAGACAAGCGAUCUCAAGCUUUGUAGUUCUGCCAAAUCGCAUCAAGAUUCCAAUUGGCGAAAAUGUCGAUCUUGAAUCCUUGAAAUAUCCUUUACCUGAUGGAAUACUUCGAAUUGAAGUAGUGGAAGCUGAAGACCUGGUGGCGAAGGACACAAAUGUUUUCAGCAAAGACACGUCUGAUCCCUAUGUGAUAUUGACUGUUGGCACUCAAACGCUCAAGACAGCAGCAAAGGAGGAAACAUUGAAUCCUGCUUGGAAUGAGACUUUUGAGAUCUUUGUUGAGAGCAUUCAUGGAAGGAAGCUGAAACUUCAACUUUUUGACCAUGACGUUGGUUCAUCUGAUGAAAGCCUCGGCCAGACUGAAAUUGGUGUGGAGAAGAUUGCAAAGCUUGGGUCAUCAGACUUUUGGUUGCCAUUAGAGGGUGUUAAAUCUGGAAGAAUACACCUCAGAUGUCACUGGUUUAAUCUGAGUAGCAAGGCAGCCGAAUUGCAAAAAGCUGAUAAAGAUGGAGAGCUGGCAACUGCUGCUUUGUUUGUGAAGCUUGACUCAGCCAAGAAUUUACCGGUUACUAACAAAGAAGAUGACACAAGCUCUCCCUUUUGCACCGUAACAGUUGGAAAUCAGGUUGAAGCAUCGAAGAAACUCGAAGAUACCGCAAAACCAGUUUGGGAAGAAAUGUUUCAAUUCCUUAUUAAAGACCCAAAAAUGCAAGAGCUCAACAUCGAAGUGUUUGACUGGAAGCAUGAUAAAUCGAUUGGCCGUUUAGACUUUCCAAUUGACCGCUUGUUAAAGAACCGUGAGAUGAGAUUCAAGCAGCCUUUCACUUUGACUGCAGCUAAGGAUAACAGCACGUUGAAUAUGAUUGUCGAACUCAAGGCUUUGGUAUUAUCUCAAAAGCAGACUGCAGGGACAACCGGCAUCGGUAAAUGGGACAGCUCUGUAAAAGGAGAGAUCGAGCUAUCAAUACGAUGGGAUUCUGAUAGCAACAAACUGUUCAUAAAGAUACACCGCGUGCGUGAUUUAGUCCAUGAUGACGAUGGUGCUUUGGAGACCUAUGUUAGAGUAAUGUUUCUUCCGGACAAAAGUGAGGCGGGGGUACGAGAAACAAAACCUGUUAAAGAGAAGGAUCCGCGAUUUGAUCAAGAGUUUGAUUUCUUCAUUGGAUACGAUGAAGCUAAAGCUCGUUCGCUUCAGGUUACCGUGGUCAAGCUAAAGAAUGGGAAAAAGGAAGAAGAAACAACAAUUGGAGAGAUUACAUUGGGGUUGCAAGACAUGGGCAUUCUUAAAGGCGAGAAAAUUUGGUACCGCUUGAAAAGUAUUCCAAACUGACCAGACUGGAUCCAAAAGGGUGCUGUCCUGGUUUUAACUACGAGGAUUUUAACAUUGGGGCUUGUUUUAACUGUACAAAAUUUUGCUGUAUUGAAAAUUUGACAGUUUUAUUUUUGGUGCGUUUUAGUAACGCUUUUAAUCAUAUUAAUAUAUAGUUUAUGAUAGUAAUAUGACAAAUGUACUAAUGAUAUAAAGCUAUUUAAAGAUCUACUCUGAAAACGAUUGAGUUAAGAUUUGAAUAAAGGAAUGCUGUGAUAACAUGUUAAUUGAUAGUAAAAAUGAUGCAGAUUUCAUCAUUUUGUUCAUUAUCAACUUAGUAUCCAAA